ACCGUGCCUGAAUCAGAAUUUCUUAAAAACUAACUUUUCUACAGUAAAAUCGUCGUAGCCAUUAUAAACGUUGAGAACUGCUGUUGGAAAUCUCGCGUUAUUUCAACAGUUGUACGUCACUGGCGCGCGGAAGAGCUGCACUGUUGUUGCUAGGUUCAGUGACAGCCAGAAGUACUACUCUGCGUCUUAACACUAACCAAAAACCAACAAAUAUUGUCAUAGUGUACGUUUAGGUUAUUUUUAAUAGGAAGCUGUGAGUUUACAAGAUGCGUGCUCAAGUGUCUGGCGCUAUUCACAAUUAUUUCUCGGUUGUUUUAAGGAGCUGUUGAACUCCAAAGCUAGCUAGCAUGUAAGCUAGCUAAUGGUUUGUUGACAGUCGUUUCUGGAUAGUGUGUCACGCUAUUGUUGGACAACAACAAACUGCGACCUAAGGUAAAAGCUUGGUUUAUAUUACAAGAUAAACGCAGCAUUUCGUUCAGCAUUAGGUACAGGCGAGCGCUCAUUAGUUAGCCAAUUAGCAACACGGAUAAGUAAGUUGAUGUUAUGCCCCUACAAACUAACGUCAAAGCACCGGCAUGUGCUUUUUAGGAAUUGUUAGAUAGCGUCAUGUAUGGCUGCGUACCAUUUUUUAAGACUUGCUCACCUACUGAAGAAAGGGCUGCCCACGAAACAAGUCUGGACAAGAGCAAAUAACGCCUCAAUCUUGGUGUCAGCUCAGGUUGUAUUAAUGACUGCGCUGACAGACUUUGAACCUUUAGCAAAGAGACUUAGGGUUGAUAUGAGUGCCCCAACGUCCCCUCCAUCUUCUUCCCAAGUCUCAUCUUUAUGUAUUCAGAGCAGAGAUAAUAAUACAGUAGAUCAAGAAAGGAGGCAAAACAACACAGACACAAAGAUGGACAUAUGGCCAAAGACUGGAGCAGACCGACUGCGAGGUGUUAAGACAAAAGGUUGCCAUCAAAGAAUUGGCCCCAGACCGCAACAGAAGUUCAGAAGCACUCUUGAACGAUGGUUGGUGAAGCCCCAAAAAAGUACAGCUGAAGUGUGCCAAACCCAAGAAGAUGUCGAGAUGGCUGAUGACAGUGCCUCACAGAGCACGUCAGCUCAGGUUCAGGAGCGGCAAAAUGCUGAAAAGCCUGCUGUGUCUGACUCGGAUGAAGAAACACAACCUUUGACACCACAGGGCCUGGAUGAGUACAAUCCUGUGUCACCAGCUUCCAAGGACCCUGCAGGGAGUGGGCUAACACAGCCACCGUCCCACAAUUAUGAUGGAUUAGAGAAAGAAGAAAUGGAGACAGACUCAUCAGAGAGCUCCGUCAAGCACAAUGCCAAAAUAACAGACUUCUUUGCAGGGACCUCAUCACCAGGUGUACCUGUGAGACGGGGCAGGCCGAAUAAGUCUCCAGACAAACCAGAUGCAGACAAGGAAGCCACAUCUGCUGUUGUCAAGCCUGAUGUCAAAUGGCUGGGGACGCCAAUUAGUGAGCUAAAGAGAAUGCCAGAAUGUGGCGGACCGCUUCCUCCACUGAAGGACGUUCCUGGCCAGCACACUGUGAUGAUAAGGACCGACCUUCUUCAGAGUGGUAAAGUUCCUGUUCCAUAUCCUACAAAGUUUAGGGAUACCUGGGAUGAUGUCCAUGUCAAGAUGCCCUGUUCCAGUAGCAACCUGUUUCCUGUACAGGAUGAGGAAACACUGGAACUACAGAAUAAGAGUCGGUGGGAGCUGAUCAAGGAAGCUUUAAACAAGGAAUUUACGAGUCCAUUUGAGCUGAGGAAUGCAAUACUGAAGUACAACUCCUCACAGGCCAAGAAAUGGGACUUCACUGCAUUACGUUUGUACUGCACUAAGGUCCUGGAGCCUGAUGCCGCUGAACAUCUGUUUGACUCCCUGCUGCCAGACAUGGUGCAAUUAGCACUGAGAGCAUCUGAGCUCUGUACCAAGCCGAUACCCCUCCUCAAGCAAGGCACGGACCACUCCAUCACCAUGUCUCAGGAGCAGGUGGCAUGUCUGCUCGCCAACGCCUUCUUCUGCACCUUCCCCCGACGCAACUCCAGAAAGACUGAGUACCGCAACUACCCAGACAUCAACUUCUUCAGGCUGUUUGAGAGCUCGUCUUCAAGGAAGAUUGAGAAGCUGAAAACCCUGAUGUGCUAUUUCCAAACUUUCACUGGACAAAAGCCAACUGGACUUGUAACAUUCACACGAAGAAGCUUGGAAGAUCCUCUGAAUUGGAAAAGCUCAAAGACUCAGCUCACAAAGCUCCACAUUACAUGUGAAGGCACCAUUGAGGAUGAUGGUUAUGGAAUGCUUCAGGUGGAUUUUGCUAAUCAGUUUGUGGGAGGAGGAGUCACCAGUUCCGGGCUCGUCCAAGAGGAAAUCCGUUUCCUGAUCAACCCCGAGCUUAUCGUUUCUCGCCUCUUCACCGAAGCCCUGGAUGAUAAUGAAUGUCUGAUCAUCACAGGCACGCAGCAGUACAGCAAAUACACAGGAUAUGCUCAUACCUACCAGUGGGGCGGCAGCCACCAGGACACAACUCCAAGAGAUGGCUGGCAGAGAAGAUGCACAGAAAUUGUGGCGAUCGAUGCACUGCAUUUCAAGACCUUUCUUGAACAGUUUCACCCAGUGAGACUCAACCGAGAACUCAACAAGGCCUACUGUGGUUUUGCUCGCCCUGAAGAACAAAGCCAAAACCUUGCAGCAGUGGCUACAGGGAACUGGGGCUGUGGGGUUUUUGGAGGUGACACACGUCUGAAAGCUCUGCUCCAGAUGCUGGCAGCUGCUGAGGCGGGCAGAGAUGUGGCCUAUUUCACCUUUGGUGACAGCCAGCUCAUGACAGAUGUCCACAAGAUGCACUCUUUCCUAACUCAGAGGAAGAUCAGUGUCGGGGAGGUAUAUGAGCUCCUGGGGCAGUACUACAGCUCAGUGUGCAGGAACUGCCUUGGUCGACGCCCUGACGUCAGCCUCUACUCCUUCAUCUACCAACAGGUCAGCUCCUCCCUGGCGCCAGAGGACUCCGACAGGGGCUCGGCUAGACAUCACGUCCCUGCAGACUGCCGUUAAGGUCAGGUGGCUGAUGAGUCACCGUGCCUUAUCUUGGGAAAACGUCACAAAACCGAAUUAAAACAUUCUCCGUCUGCCUUUAAAUUUAUUUUUUAGCAUAAUUGUUUUUUGUAAUACAAACUUGAUUAACAGUGGGGGAUUUACCAAAUGUGGUCUCCACCACUGGCAGCUGAAAAUGACAAUCUGGCAUGCAGAUCCUUUCCACAAAGAACCGGACUGCAGAGGGUGAUUAGUUAUGACCCUGUCUGGCACUGUGUUCAUUUUGCUGCUGCUGGUAAUACACCAAUGUAUUGAGCUUCAAUACGACGCAAUUGUGAUUUUAAUGGUGAAGCAAAGGUUGCCAUCCAUCUUCUGAGUUUGUCAUGUUUCCUUUUUUUACACCCACACAUAUCCAGCCUAAUUGAAUUGGCUGUCAGAAAUCAAGUUAAAGGAAAAGAAUAACAAGAACGGGGUUUGGAAAGCUUGGAGCGGUCUCAGAAAACGGUUUGAUUUAAAGAUUUAAAGAGCAGCCUGGCUCUUAAGGGGAUAAUCUCUUAGCUGCCACAUUCACAGCAAAGUUCUAGUUACAAUCACGGGUCCAUGAAUACAUUUUUGGGUUCUUUGCUGUAUGUGACACACUCCAAAGAACCCAGAUGCGCUUAAAAUAUUAAUUUGAUUUGAUUAGUUUGUUUCUGUGUUUUAGAACUAAUUUCAGCAUGAAACUGUUAUUUUGAUGAAAAGUGAGAUGUUUUUCUGAAAGAUUUUGUUUUACAGCCUAAAUAAAAUCAAUUUAAAUGUAAAA